AUGUGUCUAAUUUAUUUAAUCAUUUUUAUUAUUUCAAUUAAUCAUACAAUAAAUGGAAAUAUAUCAAAAAAUUCGACAUCAAAUCGUUUUUUAAUUAUUCCAUCAUGUCAAGCAAAUAAAGAUGGAUUAAAAUCAAUUCCAAAAUCAAGUGAUCGUAGUUACUAUUUUUACUUUUCCAGUCAGUCACCAUCGUCCUUGCCUUCUUCCUCUUCUUUUUUACCAUCAUUACAUCUGUCGUAUUGUGAACAUCAACACACGACUUAUUAUUCGCCAAGUGGUUUUCCUAUUCUUCGUUCGUCACCACGGCUUCCUUUAACUGACAUACACGACAAGGAAGAUUCUUCGUCCUUUUAUCUUCAUAAUGCUAUUCUUUCCGCUGUUGGUCAAUCAUCAUCUUCUAGCAGUAAUAUGAUCACUACACUAAUGUCAUCAUCAUCAUCAUCAUCAUCACCACCACAAGAAAAACAUGUACUUGUCGAUAAUGAUGAUAAUAUGAUAUUGACAACAAUUAAUUCUUUAACAACAAUAGCAUUUUCUAAUAUUAGUUCAGUGCAUACAUCAUUAACAACAACAUCAUCAUCACACAAAGGAAAUCGAGCAUUUAAUACAAUGUUACUUAUAGGAUGUGUAGUUAUUGGAAUAUUUAUUCUCAUUCUUAUUUUUAUUCUUAUUAAAUGUUUUCAUCGUGAUGAAGGUUCAUAUAAAAUAGAUGAAAGUCAAAAUUUUACAGCUGAAUCAUCUCAUUCGGAUAAAAUUGAUAAAAAUGGUUGUGGUGGAAAAAUAUCAGCAACAAAACAACAACGUCAAAAAUUAUUAACAGCAAAUGAACAAGUUGUUGCUAAUUCGAAAGAAUGGUAUGUGUAA